AUUAGUUGUAUCUCUGGUGUAAGUCAUGUGACUACAGUUUUAAGUUUUGAAAAAAAUGGCAAUGUCGUUGUCGAAGGUGUCUCAAGGAUUGAUUCGACAAGGAAAGCAAAGCUUAUGUAAAGCAGCUAGAGCCUUUGGAACAGUUCCAGACACAGCAAAUUCCAGAGGUUUCUCUUUUGAUUUAUCAGAUGAACAGAAAGAAUAUCAACAGACUGCAAGAAAGUUUGCCAGAGAAGAAAUCAUACCAGUCGCAGCACAUCAUGAUCAAACAGGGGAGUAUCCCUGGGAAGUUGUAAAGAAGGCAUGGGAACUCGGAUUAGUCAACAUGCACAUACCUCAGGAAUAUGGUGGACUUGGUUUAGGAACUUUUGAAUCAUGUAUAGUAACAGAAGAAAUAUCCUACGGAUGUACAGGUUUUCAGACUGCCAUAGAAGCCAAUUCAUUAGGGGAAAUGCCUGUGAUAUUAGCCGGAAACCCAGAACAAAAGAAGAAAUAUUUAGGUAGAAUGUUAGAGGAACCUCUCAUGUGUGCAUACUGUGUAACAGAGCCAGUCGCUGGUUCAGAUGUCUCAGGUAUCAAAACUAAGGCAGAGAAAAAAGGGGAUCAUUAUGUACUGAAUGGUCAGAAGAUGUGGAUUACAAAUGGUGGAGUAGCUAACUGGUAUUUUGUAUUAGCUAGGACAAAUCCUGAUCCUAAAUGUCCGGCUGGCAAAGCCUUUACAGGGUUUAUUGUAGACAGGGAUUCACCUGGGGUCACAGUGGGUAGAAAGGAAAUAAAUAUGGGACAAAGAGCAUCAGACACCAGAGGUAUAACAUUUGAAGAUGUACUGGUACCAGCAGAGAAUGUUCUUGGACAAGAAGGCCUUGGAUUUAGAUUAGCAAUGGGAGCCUUUGACAAGACCAGACCACCUGUUGCUUCAGGUGCUGUGGGUUUGGCACAGAGAGCAUUUGAUGAGGCUACUAAAUAUUCUAUGGAAAGGAAAACCUUUGGCAAACUUAUCUGUGAGCACCAAGCUGUAUCUUUCAUGUUAGCUGAUAUGGCCAUUGGUAUAGAAUCAGCAAGAAUGGUAACCCAGCGUGCUGCCUGGGAGAUUGACCAGGGAAGAAGAAAUACUUACUAUGCUUCUAUAGCCAAAUGUCUGGCUGGUGAUGUGGCCAACAAAACGGCUUCAGAUGCUGUUCAGAUUUUUGGUGGAAAUGGAUUUAACUCGGAAUAUCCAGUAGAGAAAUUGAUGAGAGAUGCUAAAAUUUAUCAGAUAUAUGAGGGUACAGCACAGAUCCAGCGUAUUAUAAUUUCCAGGGAACACUUAAACAAAGCUGCACAAGGAUAAUAAUCUCUGGGAAUCAAAAUGAAUCUUACGUGGUUGAACAAUCAUUUAGUUAUUUAAAAAGAACAAAGUUUAUGACAUAUUUGAUGGAAAAGAUAAGAAUGAGACCAGAUACUAAACUGUUUAUUUAUUAUGUUGAUUUAUUUUAAAUGUAUAACUUAAUUUAAUUGAUAACAUAACAAAUUGCAUGAUAAUUGUUACAAAUGAACAACA